AUGAUCAUUGGGGACUACGGGAAUCAUCGUAUCGUCCAAUGGAAGAUGGGUGAUAAGAAUGGGCAAGUUGUAGCUGGUGGAAAUGGCCAGAGAAAGCGAUUAGAUCAAUUGGAUCAACCAAUUGAUGUGCUGAUCGACAAAGAGACUAAUAGUCUCAUUAUCUGCGAUUCGUUGAAUCAACGAGUUAUACGAUGGUCUCAUCGUAGUGGCGCAACUCAAGGAGAAAUUCUCAUUGACAACAUCGAUUAUCAAGGAUUAUUCAUGGAUGAUCAGAGAUAUCUCUACGCCUCUAACAUCGAAAAGCAUGAAGUACGACGAUAUCAGAUAGGAGACAAGAAUGGAAUUCUUUUGGCUGGUGGAAAUGGCAAAGGUGGUGGUCUCAAUCAACUCAACCUUCCGAGUAACAUCUUUGUCGAUCAGCAGCAGAAUGUCUACGUGUCAGACUGGGGCAAUCAUCGUGUAAUGAAAUGGAAUAAAGGUGCAAAAGAAGGCAUUGUCGUCGCUGGAGGUCAAGGCCACGGAGCAGCUCUGACACAAUUGUAUCAUCCUGAUGGACUCUUCGUCGAUACGUUGGGUACCAUCUAUGUGGCAGAUCGGUUCAAUAAUCGAGUUAUGCGUUGGCCUAAAGGAGAAAAACAGGGUACUGUCAUUGUGGGUGGAAAUGGUUACGGAGCAGGAGCAAAUCAAUUCAGGAAUCUUAUUGGUUUGUCUUUCGAUCGACAAGGCAAUCUUUAUGUCCUCGAUCAUUAUAAUCAUCGUGUUCAAUUUUUUUCAAUUGAAUAA